AUGAAGAUUGAAUCGCGAUGGGCCUUCUCGCCUCCCUUCAGAGCGAGGUUUGCGAAGCCGUUGCGCUGGGGAACAAGUGCAGAGCCCGCGGAAUCGAACGAGCUCUCGCCAGCACCACGAACGCUCAUCGCGAAUCGCGUCAAUUGCGAAAUAUUCUACCUCGAGCGCGAAGUUGACCGCGAUUACGACACGCCUCUUGCAGCGCUCUACCGCAUGUACGAACACCUAGUCCUAGAUCAAUCUAUCGAGAUCCGCAACGAAAUCGAACAUAUCUGGUUCAUGCGAUGGCCAGUCCGCGAUCUUCCUGAUCCCCACGAUCCUGAUCCGGAACGCUAUGCCUGUCUCGCAUGUCUCCCUGCACUGCUUUGCCUGGCGUUCAAUGAGCGGAUUCGACUUGGAUUACCGCGCCAUGCUCCGUCCAUAUUCUCGCACGAUGAUUUGGAUGUCUGGAGGGCACAGAAGCGGGUAUAUGAAGAGGAACCCGCAUGGGCGACUCGUGUACCACGCUUGAAGGCGACUCUUGCCAUUCCUCAUUGGGACAACGAGAAACGCGAUUUCGUGACGCUCGAUGGUUUUGAAGCGGAAGGCGCGUGUGCUGAGUCAGCGGCGAAGAACAUACUCAUCCUGCGGCCGCAUAUUCAUUUCAUAUGA